CCCAGCUGUCAGCACAGAGCCCGACACGGGGCUCCAACCUGCCGAUCACAAGAUCAUGACCUGAGCUGAAGUCAGACGCUUAACUGACUGAGCCUCUCAAGCACCCUGUGGAUUUGUAUUUUAUUUUGGGAGAUCCUUCAACUAACUAUGCCCUUUUAACAUGUCUCUAUCAUUCUUUUAUUUUUUAAUUAUUUUUUAAUGUUUAUUUUUGAGCGAGAGAGGGAGACGCAGAAUCUGAAACACCUCCAGGCUCUGAGCUGUCAGCACAGAGCCCGACGCGGGGCUCGAACCCACAAACCACGAGAUCAUGACCUGAGCCCAAGACGGAUGCUCAACCGACUAAGCCAUCCAGGUGCCCCUCCUUGUCAUUCUUUUAGCACUUCUUUACUUUGUGACGCAACAAGAUGUUCUUGGGUCUUCUCACACAUCCCCUGUUCAGCUCCAUGUCUUCCUUUUAGGUAAGUGUGUUAUUUAGAAACUAAGAUCUGGGUGUCGGGUAUACUCAUUGCUACUGGGGUGUCUUGGCUCCCAGACUCACCAGUGCACAGAGCUUGGGAUACAAGUAUGUAUUAACAUCUGUACACACACAUUGACAUCUGUGUUUAUUUUUAUAUGUAGCCACAUGUAUUGAAAACCACAAGUUCACACUGAUGCCUCCAAAACCAACUCAACGCCUCAGGGUUCAUCCUAGUUUCCUCCCUUUCCAUAUUUGUAACUCCUGUCACCAACAGUAGGGAGUCAGUCGGGCUACGUUUUAUUGGUAGAUGAAAAUUAAGGAGACAGCUUCACAGAUUGUAAACAAAGGGACUAGAUAAAUUAGCAGAACAGGGAUCAGGUAUGUAUUUCUCCCCUCGGUUUGCUCUGUGAAACUCAUCUCAAUCCUAUGCCUCUACAAUCCCACUCGUAGUAAAAAGCAGAUAGAUGUUGGAAAUGGUAUGAAAUUCAGUUUUGUUUCUAGAGCAUCUAGGGGUCUACCAGUGGCAGAUAGAAUCAUAUGGAAUUAGGUCUCUUUCUCCUUCAUAAUGAAGAGUAUGGGUGCUCAGUGAAAAGAUGAAAGAAAAAAUUUAUCACAUGAUGUCCAGCUUUCGUAGCCCUCAUCUUCAAUCAGCCUAGAAGGAUCCUCUCAUACAUGGUUUACUUUCUGGAUUGUAUACUCAGUGACAAUUUAAGAAGCACCCCCAUUUAUCAAACAUCAACGUUUCUUUUAAUUAAAGGAGCUCAGGAAAGACAGAGUGCACUUUCCCCACUGUAUUGUUAGCAGCUGUUCUUGAUUAGGCAAUAACAGGGUUCCAUUAGCUUUGUGUGAUUCAAGAGUCCAAUAGCCAUUGUCAAAUGCUGAAGAUGCUCCUGCAUAAGUCUGGUUUAGAACAGCUAUUUAGGUCUCAAUUAUUAAUGAAAUUAGUGUCCUGAAUGUCAGCAAGAUCAUCGCCUUAGGUAAAGGCUGUAAAGGAAACCGUAUUAGUGUGGAAUGUCCCCUCCUUAGGGGCUCCUCUUAGAUUACAUUUUUCACUUAGCUAUCUCUUGUCAGGGAAAUUGAAAUGUUGGCCACGAUCUGAUGCUGGGGCAGAACCAAAUGGAGAAGUUAAGGGGUAUUGCUGUGGCAUCAAUUCUGAAACAUUGUGUGGUGCUGGCGUCGCCUUUGGUCCUGUUCAAUGUUUACAAAAUAGCACCGGCGAGGACAGCAUAAACUGGCAAACAGCAAAGAACGGAGUGAAGAGGGGCCCCUUUGGGAAAAAUUGAGUGGUAUUCCGUCCCAUAGGCAAGUCUACAUUUCUUCUCUUUGGGAUGUGCCCGGGAACAACGGCAGGUGCAAUGGCUCCUCUGUGGAGCCAUUCAUCCCGGUGGCUGCCUCAGAAAAAUAUGCCCUUUGGAAUCUUUCCUGGGUUAAUAUCAAGAUGAUUUGUAAAUGCAAGAGCACUGAACCAACCACCAAUUCAAGGCCACUGCCUGGAGGUGAUGUGUGCUGGGAAAUCCUAGUCGCAGAUACACCUCAUCCCAGGAAUUCUACUCUAUAUCGUCUCACCAAGCAGCUAUUACAGAAAUAUCACAAGAAAGUGAGACCAGUUCAUGAUCGGACUAAGGCCACCACGGUAUACCUGGAUGUAUUUGUCCAUGCCGUAUUGGAUGUGGAUGCACAGAAUCAAAAAUUAAAGACCAGUAUAUGGUACUAUGAGGUUUGGGAUGACGAAUUUUUAUCCUGGAGCCCCACCAUGUUUAAUGGGAUUAGGGAGAUCUCUCUACCUCUAAACGCCAUCUGGGCCCCUGAUAUCAUCAUCAGUGAGUUUGUGGACAUUGAAUGAUCACCCGGCCUCCCCUAUGUCUAUGUGAACUCAUCUGGGACCAUUAAGAACGCUAAGCCUAUCCAGGUGGUUUCCACAUGCAAUUUAGAGACAAACGCUUUUCCAUUUGAUAUGCAGAACUGCAGCCUAACUUUCAGUAGCAUCCUGCACACGGUGGAAGAUGUAGACCUGGCCUUCCUGAGGAGCAGAGAAGACAUUAAGCCUGACAAAAAGGAAUUUUUGAAGGACAGUGAGUGGGAGCUUCUUUCUGUGUCCUCAACAUACAACAUCCUGAAGAGCAACACUGGAGAUUUUGCACAGAUUCAUUUUAACGUGGUGAUUCGCAGGCGCCCACUGGUCUACGUCAUGAGUCUGCUGAUUCCCAGCAUCUUCCUCGUGCUCAUGGAUCUGGGAAGCUUUUACCUACCACCCACCUGCCGAGCCAGGAUUGUGUUCAAGACCAACGUGCUGGUGGGCUACACCGUCUUUAGGGUCAACAUGUCUGAUGAGAUGCCAAGGAGCGCAGUGAGCACCCCUCUGAUUGGAGUCUUCUUCACAAUUUGCCUGGCCUUCUUGGUUCUCGGCUUAUUUAAGUCCAUCCUAUUGGUCACAUUCCUCCAUGGGGACAUUGACGCUGAUGGGCCUAGAAGAGAUCCCCAAGCCCAGCCUGCUGGGGUGACAGAGCCCUCGGUCUGUCGAGAACACCAGGCCCAGUCAGAGACCCUGAAGGAAGUCUCGUUCCAGCUUAAGUCCAUCAGCACCUACUUCCAAACCUGGGACCAGGAGGACUGACAAGAGGUUAAGUGGCUGGCCUUCCUGGAACGUUUUGACCGACUGCUCUUUAAAGCGUGCCUCGUCGUGCUGGGGCUCUAUGCCGUGAGCCUGUGCUCCCUCUGGGCGCUGGGGAGCAGCUUGUGAAGACUGGAGGCUGUUGGUCUCACCAAACAUUCGCUUUCUCGUUAGUGCUCAACGCCAAUUGUCCAUGAAAUUCCGCUGCUGCUGCUAAUGAAAUGAAGAACAUAAGAAGUUUGUGAACAGGAAGUGUCCGUGCAAACCUCCACCUGUUUCCCUCCUCACUUCCUCCUCUGCCUCCGCCUGCUCAGUUAGCUUCUUGAUCGAUCCCUAGAUGUCUCUUCACUUCCUCCGCUGUCACGGGGGAAAAGGCUUGCAGUGAACUCCCCGCUACGUUGUCUCCUUCCUUUCCAGUUGUCCUUGGGGGAAGCGUCUGGUUUUGGUCCCAGCUCCAUCACUGUCCAACCAGGAGACCUUGAGCGUGAUUUCUCAGAGCUUCGACUAUGCGACACGGGUUGCUUAUACUUACUCCACCAAAUCACAGAACUUUGAGGAUUGGAAUGAAGCAAUGUAUUUAACAGCACUUUCAAAAGUAACUAAUACAUCACAAAAUAAAAAGAAGACCUGCCUGCUGUCCACAGAUGGACUGUACUCUUCAGGCUUUGGUGUGAGGUCUUUCUUCCUCUGCCUCGAUCAGAAUCCACUUACGAGCUCUGGUUCUCCCCAGAAGUGCCUUUAUUCUAGGAUCCAAGGGCCAAAGCCUGAAGCCAUCACCUGCCUUCUGGCCAGGGACUUGGGUGGUGGGGCUGCCCAAGGGACGUCCCAUUCCACUUUCCAUGCAGCCUUCUUUCACUUCCUCCCUAGAGAGCAUCUCCUCGGUCCUCCUCCAAGAGGCAGCCUUUCAGGAGCGAGGCCUGACCACUAAGCUGGGCCCCAGUGUGGACCACCUCCGUCCAAGUGCCAAGGGGCCCUGAUCUCAACGUGGCAGCCAGGGAUGCGUUUGAAGCCCCAGGGUCAGGUCUGCGUCCUGAAGCAGUGCCAUUAUUAACAAAUGACAUGGGACCCCUCCCCCUGGAAGAGAGUCCCUGUGCCGUGGGAGGAAGAUAGGGCACCAGCAGCCUUUAUUUACAGAACAGCUUUAGCUCAGCUCCUCCAAAUGUUUAGAAGUUUCACGAUUCCUGUGUCACAGAGGAAGGAAACUGAGGAACAGAGCAAAAAUGGGAUUUUCCCAGCUGUGACUGCUCCGACCAUCUGCUGUUUCCCAGAAUCUAAGGUAGUUUCGGAGCUCACCAAGAAAUCACAGCUCCAAUUUGGGGGACUUCACUGACGUCUAGAAGAAAGACUUAGCUAAGCACAGCCCCAGGCUAGACAGGCAGCCCUCCGUUUUUAUGUCAUUCUAUCUCAGAAUAGCUUCCAAGUCCGGCUGCUGUGGUCUCCCGUAGCCUGUGUGGUCUGGUGUAGGGCCAAUAAUCAGGCCGUGGAGGGUCUUGCUCCCCUCCCGAGACACCUCCAAUCCCCUCCCUGCUUGUCCUAGAGGGGAGGAGCUGUUGCGGUUAAGGAAGCUGACCCCCUCACCCUUAGUCUCUGUGACCCAGCUUUGAACCUGGACAGGUCAGACCGGGAAGCAAACCAAAGAACUCACAGCUCCCAUCCUGGGCACAGGCAGCAUGGAGCAGCACCUGGCGGGAUUAGACCCACCUCCGUGCAGCCUGGAGGGCCCCCGGGUCCUCUAACUUCUCAGGGAUCUAAGUAUACAUAUGAGGGCAAGGUUAGCAAAAGGAGGUGGAACUGAAAUUUUUCGCCUACCGUGUGGCUCUGAGGUUUCUAGAAAAUUUCAGAUUUUGUACUCCAGGUAGGGGAUUCCUCCACCAGUUCCUGGAUGUUGGCUGAUUAUCCCAAGGUAGAGACCCCAGGUCCCCUGGUCCCCCCAGGAAGGAAGGAUAUGCCUCCCUCCCUGCAACUCCCAUCAGUGCCCUGGGCCCAUCGCAGGCGUCUCCCCUGUCUUCGUCCUCCUCCCUGGCUCACACUCCAUCUCAGCAGCCAGAACCUCUCAGUCCUGAGUUAUUUACCUGCUGAGACAGUAAGAGCUUCAUAAUUAGCUGAGCAACAGCAUGGAGGCUUUUAUGAGCAGCCAGGCCCCCCACCACACUCUGGUGUCCAUAAUUGAAAUGACCCACGCCAGUGAUUAGAUUAGGGGGCUGAAGCAGCCCAGUGUGCCACCCCCACCCCCUCCCCUGUCCUGUUGGGGGGGUGAUGUAGUUAAGUUUGUGCUUCAUUUGGCAGAGGCCAUAAAGCAGGCAUUGCAGCGAGGCUUUCUGCAGGGCUGGGGAGGCACUGCUGGGCCGUGGGUGGGCUCUGUGGCUGGCGACAGAUUCUAGAUCCGAGGGGGAAGCCCCUCACUUGCCCUUUGCCUCGCUCUCUCUGCAUCUCCCCCAGCCUAGUGCCAGGCUCCAAAGACCUGGGCCUAGCGGGAUUACCAGCCCUGCUCAGUGUCCCUAGGGUCCAGGGCUGCGUGUGGGCAGGCAGCCCCCGAUGGGACUCCGCUCCUGGUCACCCUGCUCAUCCUCCAGGAUGAGAGCUCCAGGCCAAGAGCAAGAGGGUCAAGGUGCUGUCAGCAUUCCCUUUUCUCCCCACCUCCCUGCCUAAUCUCGGUUUCACAGCUCUUUCCUGUACAAGCCUUCUUCAGCACCCCUGUCUCCUAACCUUACUGCUUCCCCCCACCCCGGGGAGCGGGUGUGGACACCACGGGGCUUUGGAGUCAGAAACAUUUGUUUGUUCUACUAGAGCAUGGUUACCCAGAGUUGGCAUGGAUUUGGUCUCAGUGCAAACCUGAAGGUCUGGUGGAGGCUGCCGGGAGCGCUGUCACGAGACAGGUUUGGGGGCCCUAGGUGGGCUCUGUGGGAAAGAUUGCUGUGAUCAGUUGUGAUGUCUGCCCCAGGAGAGGGAGGGAAAGAGGAGAGGGGCGCUAGGGGGCCCAGCCGGUUGAGUGUCUGACUUCAGCUCAGGUCAAGAUCUCAUGGUUCGUGGGUUCUCCCGGGUCGGGCUCUGUGCUGGUGCGUGGAGCCUGGAGUUCUGUGUCUCCCUCUCUCUCUGCCUCUCCCCUGCCCCUGCUCAUCCUCUGUCUCUCUCUCUCUCAAAAAUAAACAUUAAAAAAAAUGUUUUUAAAAAGGAGGAGAAGCAGAGCUAACGUUUACUGAGGGUUUUGUCAUGUGCCAAGGAGGGUUCUGGGUGCAUGGGUGGUAAUAUUCUAGGACCCCAAGAAUGUCAGCCCCGGUGGGGCAGGGAGUAUAUCGUGUUCGCUGGUACGUCUCCAGUGCCUGUGGCUGCGCCAAACACGUAAGAAUCAAUCAAUACAGCGAUAUGGGUUGAGUGAACCUCACCAGGUUCAAAUUCCACUCCGCCACCGAUUAGCCAUGUGAUUUGGGGAAGUCAUUGAAACUCUGUGCCUCGGUUUCCCCAUCUAUAAAAUAUGAUUAAUAUUAAACCUAGCUUACAGCGUUCUUAAGAGAAUUAAAUGAGUUACUAUAUGUAAAGUGCUUAGAACAGUGUGCUGCACACGCUAAGCACUCAGUUAUGUAAUAAUUUUUAUUGUUAAAGUCAAUACCCCCAUUUCACAAGUGGUCACCAUCACGUAUACCUGUGCCAGACUCUCUAACUGAUCUCUGUAGGUAAUCGCAUCAGAUAGAUAGAUAGAUAGAUAGAUAGAUAAUACUAGGGCUAUUCAGAU